AUGCAAGAAGGUCGUGAGCUCUAUGGAAGUCUAGGGGCGGGUGACUUUCCGAGAAAAACGGCUGCCAUAAUUCGGGCGAACUGUCAAACGGGCACGCAGUACACUGUCGAGAAGACUGGACCACACUCCUUCCGUGUGAGCCGCCGAACCGGGGCUAAGGAGGAACGUGUAGUGGAGAAGAAUCAAGAGGAUCCAAAGAAGACCGUGUGCACGUGCAACUACACCAUGGAUGAAGCAAAGGUGAGUGCUGCACCACAAGAGGCCACAAGAGGGAGGGGAGGAAGGACAGGGAGGGGAGGAAGGACAGGGAGAGGAGGAAGGACAGGGAGAGGAGGAAGGACAGGGAGAGGAGGAAGGACAGGGAGAGGAGGAAGGACAGGGAGAGGAGGAAGGACAGGGAGAGGUGGAAGGGUUGGACCCGGAGUGGAGGCGAGUAGUGGUGGAGCAGCAGAUGGGGGAGUGGAGGCGGGGAGUGGUGGAGCAGCAGAUGGGGGAGUGGAGGCGGGGAGUGGUGGAGCAGCAGAUGGGGGAGUGGAGGCGGGGAGUGGUGGAGCAGCAGAUGGGGGAGUGGAGGCGGGGAGUGGUGGAGCAGCAGAUGGGGGAGUGGUGGCGGGGAGUGGUGGAGCAGCAGAUGGGGGAGUGGAGGCGGGGAGUGGUGGAGCAGCAGAUGGGGGAGUGGUGGCGGGGAGUGGUGGAGCAGCAGAUGGGGGAGUGGAGGCGGGGAGUGGUGGAGCAGCAGAUAUGGGAGUGGAGGCGGGGAGGGGAAGAAAUAUGGGAAAGGGAAGAGGAGCAGGGAGGAGAGCAGGAGGAGCGGCAAGACUUAAAGGCUGA